CUUUUUUUCUUCGAUUUAGUGGAAAAAACCAUAGUCUUCAUAGACAUUUUUGUGCGUACAAUGGGACCUAUAUCCGAUCUCACGGAUACGUACUCCUUCAAUUGCUAUUUCCGACAAAUGUGGACUGAUUCACGACUGAAAUUUAAUGGAACACAAACUAAACAAUCGCUAUCGUUAAGUAUGGCUAUGCUGGAUAAGAUUUGGAAGCCCGAUACGUAUUUCUGGAACGGGGCACGGUCCUAUACGCACACAAUGACUACAAGUAAUCGUUUGGUAAGACUCUAUCCGGAUGGGACCGUAUUGUUCAGUAGCAGAUUGACUAUCAAAGGCAACCUUCCUUCAUUUCUUGAAGCAUUCUGGAUUUAUUGCGGAUGUGCUAAUCCUAUUUCAAUGCAUAUUUCAGGAAAAUGCGCAAUGUCAAUGAGGAGGUAUCCACUGGAUCGACAGGCCUGCCGAUUAGUGAUAGGAUCUUAUGCAUUUGGCGAAGAUGAACUGUUAUACGAUUGGGGAGUGAGGGGUACGGAUAGAGGAGUUCAGAUGGACUACGAUGGGAUCAAAGAGCUGGCACAAUUCACUAUGACAGGAUUUCAAGUGUUCAACUCAACAAACAUGACGCGUGACCAAACAGUUUCAAACCUACAAUUUCUUAGUCAACUUGCUCAUAUCCUCUUCAUAAUCGCUGAUAAUUCAGGCAAUUACUCAGCUCUUGAAGUUCGUUUCUACUUUGAAAGGCAUUUUGGAUAUUUUCUGAUAAACUUCUACGUACCAUGCACAUUGAUAGUACUCCUCUGUUGGGUAGCUUUGUGGACAAAUCGCGAGGCUACAGGAGAUCGCAUAGGGAUGGGUACGGUCCGCUCUCGAAUCACUUCUGUUCUUACAAUGGUCCUAAUUGCUAACGACAGCAAAUCGGAUGCUCCCAAGGUUAACUUCCCCACCGCUUUGGACAUCUACAUCUGGAUCUGUUAUACGACACUCUUGAUUUGCAUGGUUGAAUUCACUGUAGUUCAUUAUUUCACGAAAUUUAACACUGGGGACCCUGAAAUACAAGCAUUGGAAAGGGAGAGAAUGAGAAGAAUCAUUAGAAGGAUCCCUAAAACUGCUGUUCUCAGGUAGAC